GUUCUUUUUUGUGAUUAAAGUGGAAGUCUGUCAUGGACUGAUGCCUUUGGCUUAUUCUGUUUCUGGGGUAGACUGUUGAGAUCAUUGCCAUCCAGCAUGAUGGAGCACGUCCAAGAGACCUGGAAGACCUUGAGUAAUGGGUUUGGUCACAGAGACUCCGUGUUUGAAGAUUCCUGCAUGUCUCCAACUAUGACCAAAAGCUUUCCUUAUCGCAGACGAUCAUCGGAUGAUGAAAAAAUUACAAACCCCUCCAAAGCUAACACGAUUCGAGUUUAUCUGCCAAAUCAGCAGCGCACUGUGGUGAAUGUACGACCAGGCAUGACCCUGCACAGCUGUCUUAUUAAGGCCCUUAAAGUUCGAGGCCUUCAGCCCGAGUGUUGUGCUGUGUUCAGGCUUCAUCCAGAACAUCCUAGAAGCAAAAAAUCUCGUAUGGACUGGAACACUGAUUCCUCCUCACUCAUCGGGGAAGAGCUGGUGGUCGAAGUCUUGGAUCAUGUACCGCUAACAACGCACAAUUUCGUACGAAAGACCUUCUUGAAGCUGGCCUUCUGUGACAUUUGCCAGAAGUUUCUUUUACAUGGCUUCCGAUGUCAGACAUGCGGAUACAAGUUCCAUGAGCACUGCAGCACCAAAGUCCCCACCAUGUGCGUUGACUGGAGCAACAUUCGACAACUGCUUUUGUUUCCCACACCCGGAGAAAGCGGGACAUCGCUACCACCUCUUUCAUCUCGAAGGAUGCGAGACUCUUUUUACCGACUUCCCACCAGUGCUUAUCAUAGACACUCCACACCUCACGCAUUUAACUACAUUGCACCCUUGCCACCUUCCAGCGGUUCGCUUUCACAGAAACAGCGCUCCACGUCCACACCCAACGUUCACAUGGUCAGCUGCAGCCUGCCUGUGGGCGGGGCUUUGUCUGAGGAUGCCCUAAAAAGUCAGGACUCGGGAAGACCUCCUAAUCUCAGUCCCACAGGGUGGUCUCAGGCCAAACCUCCAGGCCCUGUUCAUAGAGAAAAGGCUUUAUCUAAUAGUCAGGACAAAAACAGAAUACGGUCCAGGGACAAGCGAGACUCUUGCUACUACUGGGAGAUCGACGCUAGCGAGGUGGUUCUGCACUCAUGCAUUGGAUCAGGAUCGUUUGGGACAGUAUACAAAGGGAAAUGGCAUGGUGAUGUUGCUGUGAAGAUUUUAAAGGUCAAAGAUCCAACGCCGGAGCAGUUUCAGGCCUUUCGCAAUGAGGUGGCGGUUCUCAGAAAGACCCGGCAUGUCAAUAUCUUACUGUUCAUGGGUUACAUGACCAAAGAUAACCUGGCCAUCGUGACACAGUGGUGUGAAGGAAGCAGCCUCUAUAAACAUCUGCACGUCCAGGAGACCAAACUGCAGUUGUUCCAGCUGAUCGACAUCGCCAGGCAGACCGCUCAAGGCAUGGAUUAUUUGCAUGCAAAGAAUAUAAUCCACCGGGAUAUGAAGUCAAACAACAUCUUCCUCCAUGAAGGCUUAACAGUGAAGAUUGGAGACUUUGGUUUGGCCACGGUUAAGACGAGGUGGACCGGCUCGCAUCAGGUUGAGCAGCCUUCAGGAUCCAUUCUUUGGAUGGCCCCCGAGGUAAUCAGGAUGCAGGAUAGUAAUCCGUACAGUUUCCAGUCAGACGUCUACUCCUUCGGUAUCGUGCUGUACGAGUUGAUGACCGGAGAGCUCCCGUAUUGUAUGGUCGCGAACAGAGACCAGAUCAUCUUCAUGGUGGGAAGAGGUUACUUGUCUCCAGACUUAAGCAAGCUUUAUAAGAGCUGCCCUAAAGCUAUGAAGAGACUUGUCGCUGACUGCAUUAAAAAGUCCAAAGACGACAGGCCGCUCUUCCCUCAAAUUCUGGCCUCUCUAGAACUGCUGCAACACUCGCUGCCCAAAAUCAACCGUAGCGCAUCGGAGCCGUCGCUUCACAGAGCUGCUCACACGGACGACAUCAGCAUUUGCACUCUGACCUCCACCAGGCUGCCUGUCUUCUAAUAUUCUAAUAUGGCUGCUUCCCCAACCCAAGAAAUUCCCUCUACUAGACGUACAGGAAUAGAAAGUGCAAAGCAGGUGCUCUUACUGUUUAGCUGAAGAUAAGAAAAGUCUAUAAAGAAAGUUGGCCUUUUGUAGCUUUCUUGUUAUUUUUUUUUUUUGUUGUUGAUGUUUUUUUAGUAGUAAUUCAGUCAUGUUCGACUGUGUUUCUUUCACUGUAGCCAAAGAUCAGUUGAUUACAGACAUCUGCAGAGAGCACUUUUUAUUAUUACUUUUAAUUUAUUUCACCUUGUUUGGUUUGAUGAGGAAUGCAGAAUUAAUUACACUAUUAAUAACCUCUAAUUGGGAUUUAGCUAUGAAACCUGGCACUUGGUCCAUCAAAAAUAUUGGAUCAAACAGUUAUUUCUGGCAUAUUGACUUUAAAAAGCUGUUAUCAGUCACAAUACACAUUUAGGUCAGUGUUUUUACAUUUGUGUCUGGAAUGAUUGACAGUUGUGUAGGUAUUUUGAGGUCUGAUAUUAGCUCUGCCUUUUCCCCGUUCUCACAUUAGCAAGCUUUUGGCUGACCCCCUUAUCUUGAAUUAGUUUUUUCAUUGAAAGAUCCACCACUUACACGUUCAGUCCAGGAUGUUUUGGGUUUGUUCAUGAGAAAUAAACUCAAAAGUACAGUACUGGUCAAAUGUUUUGAGACGCCCUUAUUUCAUCACAUUAUGCUUUCAAAGGGCCAGAGUUUCAUGUAGUCCAGAGAAAUAGUUCUCCAGGCUGCCUGAAGGAUUUUUUGGUCCUCAUUUUUAGUCGAGUUCCUGUAACUGACCAGGCUCAGAGAAAUGUUUUAUGUUUGUUAAGCCACACAGCGGCAUAUCAAUUAUAAAACAAAAAAAAAAACACAUUUAACUUAAGGCACGAACCAGUAAGAAACAGAUGAUUAGCAUAAAUAUACUAUUGACGCUGAAUGCUGAGUGGUUGGAACAGACGAGAGGGGAAAUGUUGCAUAAAGAGGCACUUUGUAGCCUGUUGCAGUAAAAUAUUUGUUUCCAUUAAUGUAUUUGGAUUCAAUAUAAAAAAUUGAGGGGUGGCUUAAGACUUUUGCACGGUAUCUGACUCUUUGUAGAAAUAAUAUUAAUGGUUAUGAUACAGUAGUUAAAAAAUUGCCAGCCAGUGCAGAUGUGUCAAACAGUGUAGCUUAAACUACAUUAUCAUGCUAAAAACGGUAGUGUGCAUAUAUACCUCUAUAUACACGGUUUAACAGUAAAUAACAAGCUCGGAGGAUAAAAAGGCCGCAGCCCUUCUGUAGACACUGGGAAAAUUAACAUGCGCACUUUGGUUACUAACUGCUGCACGUCUCAUCUUUUUCUUUUCAAAAAAGAUUGUGUACAUGUAAAAAUGCAGGACUGCACUUUACUCUACUUACUGCUUAGCUCAAAACUCAACACUGAUCCAAUACUGAGAACUGGGGGUAAAAUUCAAGACGCGUCCUGUAUCCUUACAUGUAUGACCAGUGUUCCGUAAUCCAACAUACUACACCUACAUGGCAUGAAACACAUCAACCAGUUACCAGUCUAGUGUUUCGGGCCAAUAUUGGACCAGAUUCAGAUUCGGUAUGGGAUCAGUGUAAAGGGAUUAGUGUAAAAGUCAAUCAGUUAUCCAUCCUUCCUGGUUCUAGAUUCUCAUCUCCAUUUAAUUGUUUUUUUUUUUAAGAGCAUUUAAAAAAAACGGUAGGAGGCAUUGUGGUUAGCACUGUGGUCGAGGGUUUAAAUCCCGUCUCGGAUCUCUGUUCUGUUCAGUUUGCCAGCCGUGAGCCUGUACAGGAUGAGCAGUUUAGAGAAUGAGUGGUUGUCUGCAUGAGCUCAGCUCUUGAUACAACUUGUACCCAAGCACUUACUGAUAUUUAACUGAUAAUAUAACAGUGAAAUCCAGCUCACAAAAUUUCCAAACAAGCUACAGUAUGAGUAUCUCCCCCUAAUCAUGCUCAUUUGUACCCAUGCUGCUUUUAACAUUCAACUUAAAUAGUAUAUUUCCCAAGUGCCAAACCUACCAGUGGCGUUCAUCAUAUGAAGGCAUAGACUGAUUGUUAAAGAAGCCAAGUUAGAUGUAUAAUUUAAAUGCAUUGUUUAUAUCUCUCCCGUUUUAAUUUAGUUGUUCUAGAGCUGUAUAUGAUUACAGAAUAAAAAAAUGACAGCAUAUGAAUGAUUAAUUUUGACAUUUUAAGUCAUUUUUCUUUUUAUUUUGUCUGUUUUCCUUUAGCAAGGUCCAACUUGUGCACUUGAAAGACUGUUAUUGCUUUGUAUUUUAAUAAAAGUAAAUUAAAUUCACA